AUGGUUACCCGAAAGCCCGGUACCCAGGCCCUCUCGAUAAGAACUUCGCCUUCGUCCACUGCCUCGUCACCCACCGCCUCUGUCGCCGACUUUGACCACCGGGAACUCAAGAUGGCCAUGAGUGACUGCCAGCCCCAGCCCCAGCCAUUGUCCGUCUCCAUACCGAAAAACAUCCCGAGUCCCCAUGGCCGCAAGCCCAACCUGUCCGAGAUACUCAACAACACAGCACCUCCACCCUACACCCUCACCUCCUUCAUGGCCUUCUUAUCGCAGAACCACUGCCUCGAGAACCUGGAAUUCACAAUGGACGCCUCGCGCUACCGCAAGCACUACUCCAAGAUGGUCAACCGCCAUCCCGGAAGCCCCAUCUCGCCCCUCUCCGACGAGUGUGCAUACGUUCUCAUGCUCUGGCGUCGUUUGAUCGAUGCCUACAUUCGUGAGUCUGGUCCGCGCGAAAGUGCCCACCCCACCAUGAGCCACGACAGUUACGCCGGCAGCAACAUGUCCCGCUCGUCGACUCGCAGCUACGAUGAACGCAGCGCCCGCCCAUCACAGCCACCUGUACCCGCUAGCCAACGAGCCUCGGCACCCUCAUCACUCGCCUCGGGCUUCAUGCACUCGCGUCCCUUCUCCCACUCUCGAUUCCACUCGCAACCCACCUCAUCGGCUCAGCCGGCUCCUCGUGUUACCUCUGGCUAUACCAGCGGUAGCGAUGCCUUGACCGACGACUCCGGUAGCGCUAGCAGCCCGUCUGGCAUGAGUGACCCGCUCACGCCCCCUGGUACCCCGCCCAUGAGCGACUACCCCAUGACCGAUUUCCACCACGCCUACUACGAGAAUGGCUCCCACAGUGGUACUCCCAGCCCCCGCAACAGCCGGGGCGAUCACGGACUCGCCAGCGCUACCAGGGACUCAUGGAAGCGUGUGAGCAGCAAGCUCUGGCCAAAGAAGAAGAGUGGCGGCCAGCUCCGCGACGACGAACCCGGUGUUGUCGAGGGAGGCCUCUUCUAG